AUGAGGCCCGACGAAGAAGAUGUCACCAUAAAAAGCAAAUCGUCAUCAAUUUGGACAAGGAUAUGGGCCUUCGUCGCAAUCGUAUUCAUCAUUCUAUUCCUUUUAGUAUUAGGCGCCGCUAUUUAUUUCUACAUCAACUAUAAAGAUAGUUCUGAUGUGUGUCUUUCUCCGGGAUGUAUCAAAACUGCAUCGGUGAUAUUAUCUUCCAUGAAUGCCUCCAUAGACCCAUGUGAUGAUUUUUAUGAAUUCGCAUGCGGUCAAUGGAUCAAAGGACAUCCGAUACCAGAUGAUGCGCCCAGUGUAUCGAAUUUUGAAAAUCUUGGACAAGACUUGGAAUUUGCUUUGAAAGAACUGCUGGAAGAAGACGAGGAAUUGUAUGACUACGACACGUCAGCCGUUGGAAAAGCAAAGUAUUUCUAUAAUUUAUGUCUGAACGAAUCGGAAAUUCUCGAGAACUGGCGGACGACGUUUGAUGAAGUGGUGAGAAGUUUUGGAGGGUGGCCCAGUCUGGGACACCCGCUGAAACCGGAUGCAAGUAUUGAGAUGUUGUAUGCUGACAUGGUAGCCAAGUUCAAAGCAGACUCCCUAUUCAAAGCAACAGUUCAACCGGAUGACAAGAAUUCGCAGAGACACGUGUUAUUGAUCGACCAACCACAAUUGAAUUUGUUCGCUAGAGAUUUCUAUGUAGCCGCGGAGAAUGAGGAGAGAAUGGCUUACUUGCAGUUGAUCAGAGACGUGCUAAUCCUUCUUGAUGCUGACCGAGCCCGAGCCACCACAGACGCCAGAGAAAUAAUACAUUUCGAGACGGCAUUGGCUAAUAUCACAAUGGCCGAUGAACAACGACAUGACAUUGCCGAACUCUACACGAAAAUCACACUUGGAGAUAUGAGAAUCUCAUUACCGCACUUCAACUGGCCUCUUUUCUUCAACCACAUGUUCAAAGACCUCCAUGAUAAGAACGGAAAACGAAUUGUUUUUGAUGAUAACACGGAAGUCGUUGUCUAUGGAUACGAGUUCCUCCGAAGGCUGGAUGUUUUGAUUCCUCAGUAUGACACCCGACUGAUUGUCAAUUAUUUGGAGUGGUGUUGGUUCUUCAAGACGAUGUUGAGAGACCUUCCGGAUCCAUUUGCACUGACCAUUUUCAAGUUUUAUAAGACUUUGAACAUCAUGAAUGUCCAAAAAGUGAGGUGGCAUGGUUGUGUGACACGUAUCAAUAGCCUCAUGCCGAUGGCCACGUCAGCGAUUUAUGUGAAGAAUCACUUCGAUCAUGAAGCCAAACAACAGGUUGAAGAGAUGAUCUCUCUCAUCAUGGAAUCGUUUGUUGAUCUGCUUCUCAGUGAAGAUUGGCUCACCAAAGAGACAAAACAGUUUGCGAAGCAGAAAGUGAAUGAGAUGAAACGGAAAAUUGGAUACCCGGAUUAUCUGAAUGACCCAGCUGCGGUUAAUAAGGAAUACAAGACAUUUACAGUCUAUCCAGGACACUAUUAUCAGACAAAGUUCAGUUUCUAUGAGCAGUACCAACGAGAUGUUCUGGAAAGAAUAAUGGAGCCAGUUGAUAGGGAGAGAUGGGUAGCCGGAGCAGCGUUGGUCAAUGCAUUCUACAGUCCCAACACGAAUGAGAUUAUCUUCCCCGCUGGAAUUCUGCAACCCGUAUUCUACAGUAAGGACUUCCCAUCGUCGAUGAACUUUGGAGGAAUUGGAGUGGUUAUUGGACACGAGAUUACUCAUGGAUUUGAUGAUAGAGGACGUCUUUACGACAAUCUUGGAAACAUUCGUCAGUGGUGGGAUAACGCAACAAUUUCGAAAUUCGAGCACAAGGCACAAUGUAUUGAGAAACAGUAUUCGAGUUACGUGCUGGAACAGAUCAAUAUGCAGAUUAAUGGAAAAUCAACGAAAGGAGAGAAUAUUGCAGAUAAUGGUGGAUUGAAACAAGCAUACAGAGCCUACAAAAAAUAUGAGAAAAUGCAUUCCCGUCCGCCACGACUACCUGGAGUCAACCUCACUCAUGACCAGCUCUUCUUCCUCAACUACGCUCAAAUCUGGUGUGGAACGAUGAAUGACAAGGAGGCGAUCCGCAAACUGAGGACAUCUGAACACUCACCGGGACCCAUCAGAGUCAAAGGCCCACUAUCCAACAGUUACGACUUCGCGAAGGCCUACAAUUGUGCUCCAGGAAGUCGGAUGAAUCCACACGAAAAGUGUCGUGUCUGGUAG